AUGUCGCAAUUAGAUCCACUUCCCCGCGACCUGCCUUUCCGAAUUAUUUCGAAGACAAUUGGAAGAGGGGCAUAUGCAUCAAUUAAAAAAGCAGUUCCUCCAACUGAUUCGACCCCUGUAUUUGCAGUCAAGUUCAUCCACAAAGCCUAUGCUGUUAAACAUGGUCGAAUAUCAGCGAAACAAAUCGCCAUGGAGGUGUCUUUGCACUCUCAUAUCGGCCAGCAUCCCUAUAUUAUAGAGUGGUUUGCUACCGGAGAGGAUGCCAUUUGGAAAUGGAUCGCAAUGGAGUAUGCUGAGGGUGGCGACUUAUUCGACAAGAUCGAGGCAGACGUAGGAGUUAGUGAGGAUAUUGCACACUUCUACUUUACUCAAUUGAUUAGUGGCGUCAGUUAUAUGCAUUCAAAGGGCGUGGGACAUCGAGAUAUCAAGCCAGAGAACAUACUACUUUCGGAGAGAGGCGACCUAAAAAUCGCAGACUUUGGACUGGCUACACUUUUUGAAUACCAAGGAUCGACCAAACUCAGCACUACCAUGUGCGGAAGUCCUCCAUAUAUUGCUCCUGAAGUCAUAACCUGCUCCAAGGGUACACAGCAAAGAGGCGUGAAACCAGCUGGUUACAUGGCAAACAUGGUAGACAUAUGGUCCUGUGGAGUGGUACUCUUCGUCUUGUUGGUCGGCAACACUCCUUGGGAUGAGCCAACAUCACAAAGCUGGGAGUUUGAGGAAUAUAUCAACAAGAGCGGAAAGAGUGAGGAUGACCUGUGGAAGAAGCUGCCAAACAUGGUUCUGUCACUGCUGCGAGGGAUGAUGAACGUGGAUACUACGAAACGAUUCAACUUCAACAACAUCAAGCAACACCCUUGGUAUACUCGAAAGAAUCGUCUUAUGACCUCAGAGGGCAAGCCAAAGGAUCCAUUGACUCUUGCAGCCGAGAUGUUGGAAGGUCUGCAUAUUGACUUCACUCAACAGCCCUCCCAGGCUCAAAGACCACGGCAAAGUCAAGAUGCUAUGGACGUCGACUUCGACGAGCAUCAACCGAGAUUCUCCUUCACUCAACCAGAGACGCCUAUCAAUGAUAUUAUGUUCGACUGGGAGAGGCCUCCACGAGUCCACGCCGCCAAUUUCAGUGCAAGCCAGCCUACUACUGUAAACGACAGCCACAUUUGUACGAUGACGAAUGGCAGUACGCACCCUUUCGAGUCUUUGGCGGACGAACCAAGUAUGAGCCAAUUUGCACCUGUCCCAUCAGUUCCAUUGAGCUUGACACAACAUGCUCGUCAAUUCCGAGAUAUCGUACCGAACUACUCACUCACACGCUUCUUCUCCCAACUCUCCUCGCCUCUCUUACUCCAAAUUUUAAGCGACGCCCUUCACCAACUCAACGUCCCUAUUCCGUCUAUUUCUCAAAUGCAAGGACGUGAGCACGCAGGCUGGAUCAAAGUCAAGACUGUCGAUGGUAGGCAGUGUAGUCUCAGCGGCGACAUCGUCAUAGACACGUACUCCACAAACGAUGGCGAUCUCCUAGAAGUGCGUUUCGUGAAGGUCAAGGGUGAUCCUUUGGAAUGGCGUCGGUUCUUCAAGAACGUCGCUAUCCUGUGCCAGUCUGGCGUUUUCAUCCCCGGAAAGUCUUAG